CGCAACAACACGGUACGAGUAAUUUUCUCGAGCGACUCUAUAGAGAGACGAAAUGUCUAGUGCAUAUUGCAUUGAACUUUGCACAUGUGGAUAAUGCAUGGACUUUAUCCGGAGUUGGACAGGCUAAGAUAAAACAACACAGCCAUGACAGCCGUUUUAGUGCCAGGUAUGCUGUUGUAGAUCUAUAAUCUGCUGAGCCUCCAUAAUGAGACGAGUUUGACAGCCGAUUCUGGAAUAUAACUGCAUUGAUUAGGCACCAAGUACAAGGCUACAACUAUGGCAAUGCUUCCAAAACACAUCUUUUCUCAUUUGAGGGAGAAAACAUGGAGGACACUUUGGCAGUGUCAGCAACGGUCAAAUCUCCACAGACAAUUGACAGCUGUCCCUUUCCUUACAAAUAGCAGACAGAGUAGCUCAGAUCAAAGCAGUAGCUCUAACCCCCCAAAACAGAAGAGAGAAAGCUAUCUCUCCUUCAUCAACAAAAAUGUAAAACUCCUAAGUGAGGAAAUGUGGACCAAGCUUAAAAGUCCAAACUUAGACACUAUGUUUGACCAGAACAGGGUGUUGUGGCAUUUUGAUGGACCUGACAGUAUUGAAGACUUCAUAGUCCACAGUGAUGCUGAGAUAGGAGGGAAAAGUAGUGCAGGAGUGACUAUGAGUCGAAACAACAAGCUGUUGUUUCAUGGUAACCUGUGCACAGAGCUUCCAAGGGAUGGAGAAACCAAGAGGAGUGGAUACUGUGCUCUGAGAACAAAACAAUCCUAUAGAUCAUUCAACAGGAAACAGGCAAUGGACCUGACACCUUUCAAUGUCCUAAAGUUGAGGGUACGAGGCGAUGGUCGAGCCUACAUGGUAAACCUGAUGAUCAAAGGCUACUUCACAGAGUCACAUGAUGAUGUUUGGAGUUACUUCAUGUUCACACGAGGUGGACCUUAUUGGCAAGAUAUAACGAUCCCUUUCACCAAGUUCUUUAUGUCAAGUCGAGGACGAGUCCAGGACAAACAGAUGCCACCCGACCUGGAGUCAGUCAACGCUAUUGGUCUAACUAUGGGAGAUGCCGUGGAUGGGGAGUUCAUGCUGGAAAUUGACUCUAUCUCAGUCUCGUAUGAUGCAACACACACUGAGGAAUAUACAUAUGAAAUGUAUAAAUCUCAAUGAGGAAA